AUGUAUAGUGUCCACAAAAUCGUUAUUUUUAAUCGCUCGCUGGUUAUAAAUAUAAAAAAAAUUGAAUUAGGCAAUAGUUUGUUUCCUUUUCUUUCCUGCCUUGUUUGUUUCCUUUUCUUUCCUGCCUUGUUUGUUUCCUUUUCUUUCCUGCCUUGUUUGUUUCCUUUUCUUUCCUGCCUUGUUUGUUUUCUUUUUCUUUUCCUGCCUUGUUUGUUUCCUUUUCUUUCCUGCCUUGUUUGUUUCCUUUUUCCUUUUUUUUGCCUUGUUUGUUUCUUUUCUUUUCCUGCCUUGUUUGUUUCCUUUUUGUUUCCUGCCUUGUUUUUUUCCUUUUCUUUCCUGCCUUGUUUGUUUCCUUUUCUUUCCUGCCUUGUUUGUUUCCUUUUCUUUCCUGCCUUGUUUGUUUCCUUUUCUUUCCUGCCUUGUUUGUUUCCUUUUCUUUCCUGCCUUGUUUGUUUCCUUUUCUUUCCUGCCUUGUUUGUUUCCUUUCUUUCCUGCCUUGUUUGUUUCCUUUUUCUUUCCUGCCUUGUUUGUUUCCUUUUCUUUCCUGCCUUGUUUGUUUCCUUUUCUUUCCUGCCUUGUUUGUUUCCUUUUCUUUCCUGCCUUGUUUGUUUCCUUUUCUUUCCUGCCUUGUUUGUUUCCUUUUCUUUCCUGCCUUGUUUGUUUCCUUUUUUCUUUCCUGCCUUGUUUGUUUCCUUUUUCUUCCUGCCUUGUUUGUUUCCUUUUCUUUCCUGCCUUGUUUGUUUCCUUUUCUUUCCUGCCUUGUUUGUUUCCCUUUUCUUUCCUGCCUUGUUUGUUUCCUUUUUUUCCUGCCUUGUUUGUUUCCUUUUCUUUCCUGCCUUGUUUGUUUCCUUUUCUUUCCCACCUUGUUUGUUUCCUUUUCUUUCCUGCCUUGUUAUGUACAUGUACUGGAUACUUGGCUAUCGUUUAAUGUCGAUCGAUGGACCGAGCCAACUGAAGCAAACAAUUGCCGAAAACACUUACCUUCUUACUUUGGAUGGAGAUGUCGAAUUUAAACCAGCAGCUGUCUUGAAACUUCUUGAUCGGAUGAAGAAAGAUCCCAGUGUUGGUGCUGCUUGUGGUAGGAUUCACCCAGUUGGACGAGGUCAGUCUACCGAUAACUUGUUCUAG